AUGAACCAUUCAAAUUAAUAACAAUCGGAAACCCUUUUUCAUUAUCUGCAAUUAACUAGAAGCUUGUAGUAAUUAUCAUAGGAUUGGAUGCUGCAGGAACACUACUAUAUUACAAAUUAACAUUAGGAACAUUGGAAAGCUCAACUCCAACCAAAAAAGGAUUAAAUUUAGAAAAAUAUCAAGUAAUAAGUUUGACAUAAAUUGGAGAGAAGCAGACAAAUUAAGAAACCUUUGGAAACAUUACAUGAAGGAUAGUAAAUGGAUAAUUUAUGUUAUUGAUUUUUAUGAUAAAGAAAGAAUGGAUGAGGCAAAGUCUGAAUUUCAUCGAAUGUUGCUUGACCCUUUACUUCUUGGAUAAAUCCUUCUGAUAGAAGCAAAUAAACAAGACUUAGUAAAAAUGAAAUCAGAAGAAUUAGCUGUUGAUUUAAAUAUCAACAAAUUUUGUUCAAAUUGGCUAUAUAACUAUGUUGCUCAAUCACUGGUGAAGGUCUUUAAGAAGGAUUAAACUGGAUUUAAGAAUAUAUUUAAAAGUAGGUCAUUUCGAAUUCUAUAGUGUAAUGAAAUAUGCAGUAUGAAAAUUUGCCUUUAAAUAAAUAUUUCUCAAUUUUAAUUAUUUUUUACACCUUAUGAGCUGCCAAUAAUAUUAUUAUUUAAAAAAUAUUAUUAUUAAUGA